AUGCGUAACAAGGCUUUUAGCAUUCUACUCCUCACAGGUUUAUGUGUGGCUACAAAAUCAGUUUACACAGAUUCAGAUCUGGAAAUCCAGUCGUCAGUAUGUGGGCUCGACGAAAGCAUGAACGGAACCUGGGUCGUUCUCUCCGCUGAUCUAAAACUGACUAAUAACCAAGUUGUUGUAUAUGGUGACGAUAUUUCUAUAACUAUGAACGGCAUCACAAGGAACUUCCUGUGUAUCGAUAGAGGAGUCUACUACGGGGAAUACCUAUGGAAAAGCAAGGAUGUUGAAGAUGGCUAUGUUUGCGUGCUUAAGACCGACAUUGGCGCUAGUAUAAUACAAAGGAAGAUUGCAACACCUUCAGGAAACCUUGACCCAGUUCCUCUCCCAGAUAUGACGGACAUGGAAUAUUUGAUCCUAUGCGCGGAUCAAGUUUGUGAAGACGUGCUAAAUCUACGAAAACAAGAAUAA